AGGGUUUAUAGUUUCUUCAUCGGCGCAGGCGUUGGUGAUUCUACUGUCAAGCGAAAAUGGUGAAGGGCCGCCAAGGAGAACGCGUCAGACUCUACACCCGAGGAACGAUUCUCGGCUAUAAAAGGUCGAAGUCGAACCAGUAUCCGAACACAUCGUUGAUCCAAAUCGAAGGAGUCAACACGAAGGAGGAGGUAUCAUGGUACCAAGGGAAACGUAUGGCCUACAUCUACAAAGCCAAGGUGAAGAGGAACGGAUCGCACUACCGGUGCAUUUGGGGAAAAGUUACUAGACCCCAUGGUAACACUGGUAUUGUUCGCGCCAAGUUCAAGUCCAAUCUUCCUCCCAAAUCCAUGGGAUCGAGGGUCAGAGUGUUCAUGUACCCAAGCAACAUUUAAGUUUUAUUGCAGUUGAGCAACAAGAAAGGAGGAUUUCAAUGGUGGUUUCCAAAUGGUUUUUUCUCAACAAUUUGGUGUUCCAUCCAUGAGAACUGGUGUCACCUAAGCUUUAGGAUUUCUUGUAUCUUUUUCUGUGGCAACAGUUUCUUUCUUUCUUGGAGUUUUAGUACAAUUUUCCCCUUUAUUUAGAACAACAUUUUGAGAAAUUUAUAUUACGUUGUUUUGGUUGAACCAAAGUAAUUUUUAUCCUUGAAACAUGAAAUUUGCACUUAUUUUGGGU